AAGAUGGUUGUAUCUCUGCGCCAGAUGCAGACCCCCAACCCCAAUCCUUGCUGAUCCAAUCGAGCGUCUGUCCGUCACACCUGCAGCAGAGCCCACUCUUUCUCUCCCUCCACUCCUCCAGCCCAGCCCAGCCCAGCCCAGCAUGGCGCCCUCCGAGUCCUCUCCUUCUCCCUCAUCCUUCCAUCCCACCCAGGCCCAGCUUAAUCUCGCUGCUCUGGCUGGGUCACCUUCACCGCGGACCAUGCGAGGCUUGCGCAAGAUCCAGUCUCACCAAAUCCUCUCCUCUCACCCACCUUCCUCUGCUCAUCAUCCGCCGUCGGGGCGCUUGUCUGCUGGCGCCGAGGAGCUCGCCCAACCUCCUCAGCUGGACUCGCCCGUGCGACUGCGCUCGCAACGCCGGGCGCGCUCCAACAGCGAUGCCUCGUCUCGGGAGGCCCCUGCGAUAGGAACACAAAAGCGAUCGGCCAGAAAGACGGGUUCUGGGUUUGGAAUCAAGCGCUCGGUCUUGGAGACUCUCCUCCGGGACGGUCCGCACCAGGGCAACCUUCAGGAGGGUCUCCAGGAGCUUCGGUACCUCGUUCUCUCGACACGAGUCGAAGCAGACGCGGAUGGCAUGUCUACCUACCGAAUCUACCUCUGGCUCGUCCUUCUCGAUGUUUCUCCUGUUCCAACCGACGAAUACCUCUCCCUCAUCCACCGUGGUCGCUCCCCGGCCUACACGAAAAUCCGCAAUGACACAUUCCGCACGAUGGCCACAGACCCCCUAUUCAAACGCCGCGUUACGGAAGCCAGCUUGAUCCGGCUUCUCAACGCUGUCGCAUGGAAACUUCACGAUGCAAAGAAUAAAUACCGAUCGCGAUCGCGUCCCUCGUCACGUCUCCGAGAGAUUGAGCUCUUGAUCAACACACCUCCGAGCAUUGAAGAAGAACCCUCCCCAUCUGGGACACCAGGUAGUGUUGCUAGCAGUCGCGGCGGCAGCAGCGGGAUUACAAAUGAAUCAGCGAUCUACGUCCAAGGCAUGAACGUGCUCUGCGCUCCAUUCCUCUACGCCGCCCGCAGCGAAGUCGAGGCCUUUGCCCUGUUCCACUCGUUUAUUACACGCGAAUGUCCGGGUUACAUCCGCGGCGCCAUGGACGGGGUUCAUCGAGGACUGCGCUUGGUCGAUCAAUGUUUAGAGAUCGUCGAGCCCAAACUAGCAGCGUACCUCUUCUCUAAGGGCCUACAGGCGAAACUGUAUGCAUUUCCGUCGGUGUUGACCCUCUGCGCAUGCACGCCUCCUCUUCCGGAGGUGCUUCAUCUUUGGGACUUUUUGUUCGCGUACGGAACGCAUCUAAAUAUCUUGUGUAUCGUGGCGCAAUUAAUUCGAAUGAGGGACACGAUCCUUGAAAGUCCGAGUCCCAACAAAAUCCUCCGAUCCUUCCCACCACUAGACGCCAAAGAGAUCAUCGCCCUGACGGUCCUAAUCGUCCGCAAGAUCCCCGAGCCGCUGUACGCUGAAUUAAUCGACCAUGCCAAAUGAUGGCAUCACGUUUCUUUCUUUUCCCUGUUUUCCAGCUAGCUAGUCAGCCAGCCAGGGAACACAGCUAAGACUUCAGCUACGGCCAGCCAGCUAGCUAGCCACGAAAACCAACCCUACCUACCUACCAUCUAACCCACCGAAUUCGCCACCUACUACUUUACCACCACACGGACCCGGACCCAGACCCAGACCCAAAACAAUAUUCCGAAUUGGGACUAAUGUGUCCGUCCCGUCCGACCGUCCGUCUUUCCGUCUCCC